AUGGCCGCCAACUACAGCGCCCUGGGCCAAGGCGUGGAUGACGACAUCCAAGACUCGUUGGGCUAUCAUGAUGUCGCCGUGGAUGGGUCAGCGAGUAAACAAGUCGAACAUCAACAAGGCCCAACAUCAACUUUAGAGAAUACAACAAGCACAAAUACUCCGAGUGUCGAGGUCCAGCAGGCAUUAUCUCCAGCGCAGUCUCCCAGGUCUCCAGCGUUGUCGCACUCCACCGCCACCGUCAGCACGGCGACGCCAGGAACCAUGGCCACGACACCGUCCCCGUCCGCGUUUUUGUCACUGGCCGACCACACCCUUGCUCCGCUGGACGACGAAAAGACGGUUGUUCCUGGCGAUCAGGAUGGAAAUCCUGGGAAUCAUGAAAAUCAACAACUGGGUCUGGAAAGGGAUCCUCCAACCCGGCUGUUGAGCCCGGCGGGAAUCGUUAGACGCGCCAGCAGCACGAGCAGCAUCAGAUCGGCCGGGUCCAGCGCUAGCAACACUCCGUUAACCGCUGGAGCUCAGGCCCUCCUUCCACCGCCAGGCGCACCUGCCAUCCCGGCACUCGCAGAGUUGGCAGCACGCGGCGCAACCACGGUCAGCUACAUGGUCCAAUCUUACGAGGCGCUACGAGCAGCCAGGAUUGCCGCCGGAUACGAUCUGGUGCAGGUGUCGUCCAAGGCGAGUGGAGGAGAAGGACCAUCACCAUCACCAUCACCGUCGAGAUCCCGAUCCUCGUCCAUGGUUCAUCAGGAAGAUAACACCGACACCGACAACAAUAACAAUAACAAUAACAGGGGCCAGGAAAAGUCGGCUGCAGCUAACAAGGACCAAUACGACAUUAACUAUCCCAGUCCCGAUAACGAGCGUAACCAAAUUCGGCCUGUGCCGCAACCCACAGCCGCCGUCACGACAGGGGAUUAUUCCUUUUCACCAUCAACCCAAGACAACAACCAACACGACGACGUUUCUACCCCUUUAAACAACUUUUCCCUACCUCCGCCACCGUCUGCGGCUGCGACAACAGCCACGGCUAUCGCCAACACGACCGUUGUCCGACCAACGCCCGAGAGCCCAAAGAGCCCAAAAACACAGCGAUCGCGCAGCUCGACAGUAGCCCUCCAGCAGACUCCGCCGCCGAGAACAUCCUCGACCGCCAGCAUCCCCCUGAGCCACCCUACACCAGACACUAGCAAGCGAUCGCGAUCGGGUGCCUACGUCGGUAAUAUCGCUGCUCUCGAGGCCACCGCCGAACGAUUUUCCUUGACCAGUUCAAUUGAAGAGGCCAUUCGAAACGAACACGACGAACUCAAACGCAGCGACAGUCGCCGAUCGGCUAUCCUCCAAGCGACUCGCCCGAAGAACAAGUCGCCAACAUCAGACGCCGGAUCAUCCCCCAAUCGACCGCGACUAUCGACGAGCAGGACCAAUUCCAUUCGGGCAUUGAACUCCGCGGCGCGCUUGGGAGGCUACUCGCCUGGAGGUUAUGUUAUGAUGCCCAACCACUCUUUGUCGGGCGGCGCUCGCUCCGGAAGCAAGUCGGGAUCUAUUGGAGAGCUAUCACCCAAGUCCCCUCCUGUCGAGGGUGCCAGUGCCCAGAACUCCGAGUUGAUCCAAGCCGGUAAUGGAGAAGAGUUCCCAUUUGCUCGCCAUGGACCAGGGAAGAGUUCGGUCAGGGAGGCGUCAAAGAGACUUUCUCUUGCACAGAUCGCCGAGCUGGACCACCCAAUGACCAUUACCCAGGACGCCAUUGACGAAGCAGACCGUGCUGCAGCCACCGGGGCGGGCCUUCAGGACGACGACGAAGCCAUCGCAGCCCGUGCCCAUCAGCAAAUCGAGCCGCAGUAUGCAGACGAGAUGGAUGACGUGGACCUCAAUGGACCAAGCGACCCAGCACGACAGCCAAUGCUCGAUCACGGAUUCUUCGACCAGCCCACUCCCCGGUUACAACUUCACCAACCCGUCGACUACCUGCCCUACGAUGCCCAUCGGCAAUACGACGGUAGGCCACUUACCUCCGAGUCCCGCAACACCUUCCAACAAGCACACGACGCAUUCGGUGAUUUCGAUGGCGUCCACUGCGAUCCAGAUGUAGAUAACUUUGCCGGGCUCCCGCAGCCAGCAGAACCGGCUCCUCAGCCAAGGAAGCGUCGUGAGACAUUGCAACCACGACCAAAGUCCUACUUUGACCCUUCCACCGGCCAGGAAAUGCUUUACUACCCUGCGCCAGUUCCCGCGAUGCUCAACCUGCCGCCCAAGCUGGGUAAGAACACUAACGCUGCUGGUGCCCGGAACAUGCGUAGGUCUCAGGUCCUGAGUGUUAUGCAGCAGUCAUCAGUUUAUGAUGGAAGCCGAGACAACCUGCCAAUGAUGGCAGGCGGUGCGGGCGACGCACCACCUCAGCUACCUCAAAUUGAUGGCUUGCCGUUUGCGGAGGGACCGGCUGAGACAGGCGCAUUCCCGGCGCAGCAGCCAGAGCGAGAAAUUCGUCGACCGCAACGGUUGACCGAGACUGACAGGCGUAAGUCGCGCGCCACCAUGCUCAACGGUCUUCCACCUCAGCUCCGCGCGAGUGCCUUUUUUGACUUGCCGACGGCUACUACUACGCCCCACAUCGAGCUGAAGGAUGGGUCUGCUACGGCGACUUUGGAUACCAUUUUGGAUGCCUCGGCUACAGCACCCGUCAGCGCGUUUACAGACCACGCUUUCGCUGGAAAGCUGGGCCCCGAGGUGUAUGGUGUUGAGAGGAAGAGGAUCACGAAGUCGGUCACCGCUGAUCAGCUUCCCAUGGCUCCCGCUAAGACUCGCAAGAAGCUCGUCAAAAAGAAUUCGAGCAGUAAUCUGCUUGACGUCAAGGCCAACAAGGAUAGUGAUGAGGAUGAGGGAUGGACGAGCGUUGGUCUUGAUGCCGAUGAUGCUGGCCCAAGCAGUCGGCGGCCUGCCGCGACCUCUGGCCAGCACACACCAAACCCCCAGGAGGAGGAAGAGGAGGAGGAAUUAGUUGAUGGGGAGCCGGUGUUUAACGGCCCGCCCACGACACUUCUCGCCGAGUUGCAGAUGCGGAAGCAAAAGAACAAGAUGAUGAUGCGCCCCGCUGCAUCCAUCAACCCCCACGGCUUACACGCCACUUUGCUCGAACUUAAUGCCGUGGCCGAGGUGGAACGCAAGCAACGUAUUCAGAAGCGUGUCAACCUUGCUUGGGAAGAUCCUACUCAGAACUCUACACCCGAGUCCGAGGAUGAAGACGUCCCUCUUGGCAUGUUGUACGCGUCCAAGGCCGUGGGCGCCAAGGAUCCUCACUCUACCGACAUUGCCAUCCUCAUGAGCGAGGUUAACCGCCCUCUCGGCUUGAUGGAGCGUCGUGAACUGGAAGAGAACGAGCCGCUCAGUCAACGCCGCAACAGGCUCAGGGGCAGCGAAAGUCAACCGCACAUGUCGCUGAACCAGAUGCAGAAGCGCAUGUCCCACAUGACCCUGACUCCCUUCGGAGGUCCCAACGCCCUCGGCAACCGCUCGCAAUCCAGACUGACCCUGCCUUUGCAGCGCGGCUCUGCAAACGGUUCCGGACCUGUAUCCGUGGCAGGAGGUCUCGAAGCAGAAGGCAGCGACGCCGAAGGCGAAGGUGAGACCCUCGCGGCUCGCAAGGCCCGUCUAGCUGCAGAGAACCCUCUCCCGCGCACUCGUCCCGUCAGCGCCGGCUUCUCUUCCGAACUCCUCAGCGAACUUGGCUUUGACGGCAACGAAGAGAACCGUCCCACAUCCUCAUCCAAGGACUCCAAGGGCAAAGCUCCAGCCUCCGACGUCCCCGAAGAAGAAGAGACCCUCGGCCAGCGGCGCAAGAGACUCCAAGCCGAGCGCGAGGCUCGCGAGCGGGAAAUGGCCGCUGGUGCCCUCGCAGGCACCAUUCCUCAACUCGCCGUUCCCCAAAACCAACUGCGCGACCGCCGUGACUCGGCGACUUUGAUCCCCUUCGACCCCAACAUGAACAACAGUAAUUCCCGCCUCUCCAACAUCAUCCCCUUCGACCCCAAUGCCGCCAACCACGCAAACAACGCCCGUCUCUCCCGCCGCCUUUCCUUGUCAGACGUCCUCAACUCUCACCCCGUCGACUCCGCCCUCGGCAACAUCAACCCAGUCGAACAAGAACGUCUCCGCCGCGAAGCCGAAGGUCUCCGUCAACAGCGCGCGCAAGAAGCCAAGAUGGCUGCCAUCCGCGCGCAGAUGCCGCAGCAGCUUGCUCAACCUGCUAUCGGCGCGAGGACAGGCGGGUUUAUGGGCGGGAUGUAUAACGGUGGCGGUGUCGGUAACCGUUCUAACCCUGCGCUUGGUCAGGGACUGGGAAUCGGGUUCGAUCCCAAGGCUAAUGCUAUUCAGCCCAGAGGACUGCUCGCGCAGCAGCAAGUUAUGGAACGGCCGCUGGCUGCGGCCAGGAGGGCUAGUACUAUGACUGUUGGUGCGCCUCAGUAUGGUGCUGGCGCUGGUGUAAGUGCGCAGUAUGGUAUGGGUGGUGGUUAUAUCCAGCCGCCGCAGCAGUAUGGUGCUUAUGGGCAACCGGUUAUGGCUCCCAUGCAGAUGCAGAUGCCGAUGGCCAUGGGUAUGCCAAUGGGUGGUGCCGCUGCUUCUAGCUAUGGUGCUUAUGGCGGCGUGCCGAUGCAGUUCCAGACGGGACAUGGACAACAGAUGAUGGGACAGAUGCCCAUGGGACAGAUGAUGCCGCUGCCCAGACAGAUGGGCAUGGGAAUGGUACAGCAGCCGGGGCCUGGAGGCGUCGAUAUGGUUGAGAGGUGGAGGCAGAGUGUUAUGCCUUAG